CGAUUACACACGCCUCACGUCUUAGCGCAGGCAGCACAAUCAACACAACGUGCAGAUAUGGCAGCGCUCCCAUCACCUCUAAGAGUCUGUAGAGGAAUACUGAAAGAAUUACGAGUCAUUCAAGGGCAUAGUUAUAAACAGUCACUAGCUUACAGCUAUGUUAUGGAUCAGUUUCGGAGGAAUAAGAUAACAGGAGAAAGGUACUGUCGUGCCCAGCAGGAAGCGUACCACGCCGCCCACACAUACCUGUGUCUGCUGACGUCCACCAGAAACCAUCUGGUCCUGCAUAACCUCUACCAUGGAAAGGGAGAGCGCAGCCCACAGGAAGUGGCGGGCUUAGUCGGGCUCAAGUUGCCCACGCAGCCAGGAGGAAAAGGCUGGGAGAAAUGAGGACAAAAAAUAAUAAUCACUAAACUUUUCAGCAUUUACUUGUGUGCAGGCCUUGAUUCAUCAGACCUCAUACAAUGACCCUUUGUGUAAUUUAAACUCCAAAUGUAUAAAUAAUUAACGGGACUUGUGCAGCUGAGGACUGAAGGAGUUUGACCAGUACUUUGUUUUUUGUUUUUGAUUAGUCGUGGUUUAAUGUGAAGACAAAUGUGUACUGACAUGAUAUAAAGCUGCUUCUUGGAAUUUUGAACAUGUUUCUUUUAUUGUUCUUUGUGCUUCAAAUAAGUAAUUUAAAAGAACUAGUAAUCUUUGUCAUAAUUGAGAUCAUUUCUCUUAGAGAAUGAGUUGGAGUUGUUAUGAAGACUGUUAUUUAAAUAAAAGCAUCAAUCAUUUUAAACA